CAUAGCUGUCAAUCCUUAAAAAAAAAGCAAUUGUUUGAUUGGCGUUUGCUUUGCAUUUUCAUCAUUUUCGUAAUUUACGGUACUUAAUAUACUUACAGUACACGUUUGAAAGUUAAAACAGCGUUGAAAUUAUCACAAAUAGACGUGUUACAUUCGUAACCAGGUAACAUAACCUAGAAAACCAAGCCGUGUGAAAAUGGGUGAAAGAUACAACAUCCACAGUCAACUCGAGCAUCUUCAAAGUAAAUACAUCGGUACCGGACACGCUGACACCACGAAGUACGAAUGGUUAACGAACCAGCACCGAGAUUCGUGCUGCAGUUACAUGGGGCAUCCAGAUUUGCUGAGCUACUUCGCUAUUGUGGAAAACGAGUCUAAGGCUCGCGUGAAGUUCAAUUUGAUGGAGAAGAUGUUGCAGCCGUGUGGGCCGCCACCAGAAAAGCCUGAAGAUUAAUUCUAAGUGUCUGAGCUAUUCUUUAAAAUUUGUUCAGAUACUCUCUUGAUUUAGAAUGAUUUAUUUAGUAAUAAUUUUUAGCAUAAAAACAAGCACAUUUACCCUUUCAGUGCUAUCAUCAUAGCCAUGUUGGAAAUAAUCCACUAUGCAUUGAAAAUAGGUAGUUGGCUCUAAAUGUAGCUAGGAAUUAUAUACUAAGUCUAUUUGCGAGCAAGUUUGUCGGUUUAUACAUGCAAAGACAUACUGUGUCAGUUCAGUUUAUUCAUAUAAAAUAUAUAAGCAAAUCUCGUCUACUAAACACUAUCACAUUUCACUUCCUAUUCUAUAAUAUUGUGAUUGUCACACCCAAAUUAGUAAUUUUAUCUCAACAAUGUGAAAAUUUACUGAUGUAGCCAACUUACAUGGAAAUAAUGAACAGUUCUGAAGAAACAGCUCUUAAUUAAAUCUUAUCAUAAGUAUUCUUAAGGAUAUUUGUAAUAAAACAAAGUCUAAACUUCA